UCUUCUACUUGUACAUCCACUGCACUCUACCACAUUUGGUGUACUGCGCUCCAUGACAAUUCCAGGAAUAUGUUCCGUCUGACAAAGAAGGCUGGUUCCCCAUGCAACCAGAGAACCAUAAAGCAUCUCUGCCCUACCUAAAAAGCUGGUAAAGGCCUAGAGCACCCAAAACCAGCUAAUGGGAUGGAGUUUUUCUAUUCUGCCUUCAGGCAGUUAAGGAAAUUAGAUGAAGAUAGUUUAACAAAGCAACCAGAAGAGGUGUUUGAUGUUCUAGAAAAGCUUGGAGAAGGAUCCUAUGGCAGUGUAUUCAAAGCUAUCCACAAAGAGACUGGUCAAGUCGUUGCUAUUAAGCAAGUUCCUGUUGAGUCUGAUCUGCAGGAGAUUAUUAAAGAGAUAUCCAUAAUGCAGCAGUGUGAUAGUCCCCAUGUAGUCAAGUAUUAUGGCAGCUAUUUUAAAAACACGGACCUCUGGAUAGUCAUGGAAUAUUGUGGUGCCGGAUCUGUGUCAGAUAUCAUUCGACUGCGAAAUAAAACGUUGUUGGAAGAUGAAAUAGCUACAAUAAUACAGUCGACGCUUAAAGGACUAGAAUACUUGCAUUUCAUGAGGAAAAUACAUCGCGACAUCAAAGCUGGCAACAUACUACUCAACACUGAAGGACAUGCUAAGCUUGCAGACUUUGGGGUAGCAGGCCAACUUACAGAUACCAUGGCUAAAAGAAACACUGUGAUAGGAACUCCAUUUUGGAUGGCACCAGAAGUGAUCCAGGAAAUCGGCUAUAACUGUCUGGCGGACAUCUGGUCUUUGGGCAUUACUGCCAUUGAAAUGGCUGAAGGAAAACCACCAUAUGCUGACAUUCACCCAAUGAGGGCAAUUUUCAUGAUUCCUACAAAUCCACCUCCAACAUUCCGAAAACCUGAACACUGGUCAGACGAAUUCACAGAUUUUGUAAAACAGUGUCUUGUGAAGUGUCCAGAGCAAAGAGCCACUGCUACACAGCUGCUUCAGCACCCAUUUGUUAAAAAUGCCAAAGGAGUUUUUAUUCUGCGAGAUCUAAUUAAUGAGGCAAUGGAUAUUAAACUGAAAAUUCAGGAAGCUCAGCAGCGUGAGUUGUAUCAUGAUGAUGAAGAAAAUUCAGAAGAAGAUGAACCUGAUUCGAGGACAAUGGUGCGGGCCAGGGGACAGGAGACAAGUACAAUCAGAACAGUUUGUGGAAUGAGUGAAGGCAUUAAUACCAUGAUAGAAUACAAUGACACUUUGGAGUCUCAACUGGGGACAAUGGUCAUAAAUGCAGAAGAUGAAGAAGAUGAAGGGACAAUGAAGAGGAUAGAUGAAACGAUGCAGUCCGUCAGACCAUCUUUUCUUGACUAUUUUGAACAAAAAGAAAAGGAGAAUCAGAGAAACAACUAUGGAAGACAUAUGAAUGAAAGACAUUCCUCAGAAUGGAGAGUACCUCAGGAUGGUGAUUAUGAAUUUUUGAGGAACUGGACUGUUGAUGAACUUCAGAGGCGACUCGGUGCGCUUGACCCAAUGAUGGAACAAGAGAUAGAAGAAGUUCGACAGAGGUAUCAGUCAAAACGGCAGCCAAUUCUUGAUGCCAUUGAAGCAAAGAAAAGACGCCAGCAGAACUUCUGAGGAAUGCUCACCAGUAGAAUAGAUUUCCAUCAUCCCUAACAAUAAACUGUGCUUUUACAACUCUGUAGAUGGAUUUCUGUUUAAAAUGUGUUAGCAAAGCAGGAGGCCAUCAUCUUUCCCUUUUUUACUGUAGCACCUUUUCAAACUCAGGAAUGCCAUAGUAUGGAAUCCUCUUGAACAGGUAAUGCUGUGUUUCAGUGUUUUGUGUGUCUUUAAAGAGGUUGCAUGUGGCUUCCAAGGAACUUUGUUUCUGUUUAGAGCUUGUUUUUGUCUUAUGACUCUGAGGAACAGUUAGAAGUGGACUAAUUAACACAGCUUCAGUCACUUCCACUGGCUCCUCUUCUGUGUUUUUGAGUUUAUUCUGUAUGACUGCAUUGAAGUGCUUCAGUUGUUUCUGAAGGUUACAAAGUACGUAAAAUGGCUUAACUUAAUGUGUUCUGUGAAACUAGAAACUCUGCAUACUUGUAUAUCCACCUAAACUUGAAGUGUGGGGGUGGAGGUAGGAAUGCAUCAUAUAACUUAACUGCUAUCUCUCAGGGCCACCAAAAGCGAACACUGUACAAUGAACAAACCCUGCUCUCAACUGUGCUGUACUACUGUUUGAAUGGUACUGUGAAAAGAAUUUGAAAAGGAAAAUAAAGCUUCCAAUUUCUGUCCCUUCUGAAAGCCUAUAAAAGCCCCAUGCCUUAUAUUACCAUACUUACUGCAUCAUAUUUCAAGGUUACCAUCUGUAUUUUCCCCUCUGUGUGUGUACUUUGAGUGAAUGCUGAUACUUUAAGUGAUUUCUUGAUUUUUUUUAAAAAAAAAAUGUGAAACCAAUCAAUUGCUGAACACAGUAUGAAUCCCACUUCCUGCCUGCAGCAGAAGAAUGUCAAAGUGCUUGCAACUCAGGAAACUGGGAACUCUCUUGAGACAACAAGAGGCUUAAAAUAUUUAAAGAAUUGUUAAUUUUUAUGGGCUUUGCUAUUUUGAGCUUAAUUUGUUUGCAGCUUGCAAUGCUAGUUUAAAUUUAACUCAGGGUGGUUGUAGUUUCUUUUGAAGAAGACUGUUGGUUAAGUUUAAAAUAAGUAUCUGUUGACCCAAAGGAAUACCUUCAAAUUAACCUUUUUGGUUUAACAAAGCAAUUGUAUUUAUUCUAGGCAGAGUCCACUAGGAACUCUGGUUGGGAAAUUAAAUUGGAACUUUGUAGGAAACAAGCCUCCCACAGUUCAUAUUCAUUAGAGUAGAAAUGGUACCAAAAUUUAUGAUUGAAUAAUGUGCUUGUAGCUAAUUAUGGCUUGUCUGGAUUUCUCACUUUUAACACUGGCAUGUAGGGACCAAGAUCCAAAGAGGCUUUUUGUGUAUGCAUAGAAGUCUCUGGCGCAGGCACACUGAUAUUUCCCCCCCCUUCUCUAGUAGCAUCUCAUUGUGCCUCAUGGAAUUUGAACCAUCCCCUGAUUUUUCAGUGAUAUCCCUUUAGGUAUACAAAUACCAUUCCUGCUGCUUAAGGCCUAGAAGCAUUUGUGAGGUUGUAUUCUAUUUGACGCUUCCUACAGUAGAUUUCUCCUACUAGAUUACUUCUCCAUUUGUAAAAUGCCGGAUUGGUGGGGUCAGUCCAGGUACUUCCUGUUGUAUGACUCUUACAGCCCUAAAAGAAGCAACAUGUUUUGUUUUUUCAGUUGAAAUUUUAAUAGCAGCAAUUCCCUGUCUGUUGCAAAACAAUAGUUUAAAUUAGUGGCUUUUCCCUUUCUAAGGACAUGUCUAAUAAUACUUUUGGCUCACAGUGGUGUCCUAGAAAAAGCCAAACAGCCAAUUCACAGAUAUUGCCAGACAAGGGAUGCAGUUUGUGUCAUGCAAAUAGAAGCACUGAAUAGUAAACCAAAGUAACUGUGUGUCCUUUGUAAAGCCAUGCUAGUCAACUUCUUGGGGAAGGAUGCAUUCUGAUAACUUCUAAUAUAUUACAGGAGUAUCUCUGCAAACAAAGCCAGUAAAUUAAAAAGCAAGCUGCCUUUUUGAAAUAUUAGUUUCUGUUGAUGGCUGAACUCUCCAGUAAAUCAUCUGGCAUGAAAAUUGUUAAUGACCAGUGUUCUAAUGUAACUUUCUAAAGCAGGGUCCAGAUGCUAUCUGUAGUGCAGCUUAUUGUUCAUGUUUGUUGUUCAAAUAGGCUCAUUUUUGCAGCCUGUUCUCCAAUUCCUUGCUGUAAAAGCAAUUUUCAUGUAUACCAAUAAGAUGGAAGGACCCUUAAUAGUUAGCCAUGAAGCAAAUUGCUUCUAAAAUGGAAGCAUUUUGCCUCUGGUUAGGAUUUUUACGCAUAAUGUGACUCAUACAUGUUCCAAGCUGAGUGAAUUGCUUUCACAUAAAGGAGAUGAUAGCAUAUUUAGUUGGCAGUAUUGCCUUUAUCAUAUCAUAGGUGUUACUCAGUAUUUUUUCCCCCUUGAUAGCAGAGAAAGACUCAAGUUUUGGGUCUUAUAUUGCUAUCGUAUAUGGCAUUGUUAGAGAGGUGGUACCCUGUGCUGUAGAAACAAAAGGGUGAAAAAGCACAAUGGUCUCAGUAAUUUACUCCCCCCCCCCCAAAAAAAACAACAACAACAAUGCAUGGAAAUCAAAAUAAAAUGCUAGACUUUUCCACCUGGGGUCUGUGCAUUAAACAAGCCGAGUCUCAUAUUCAGCAACUUAACCAUCAAGGGACUUCAUUCUGCAAUUUUCUAAAGGAAUGUAACAUUUCAUCUGUCACCCAGAUUGUAAUCUCAGAGACUGAAGGAAUGCUGUCCAAUUUGAACCGCUUUCAGCAAGAAUAUGUAACUGGGAAAUCUCAGCAAGAAUAUGUAACUGGUUAAUGGGUCCAUAUGCACUGCUCAGAGCAUUCCAAACCAGCUGCCAAUAUUUCCUUUUUGCAACCUGAAAUCAAAUGUCUGGUGUCAGUUAUGUUGAGAGGCUUAAUGUGAAGUUAGUAGCAUUAAUAUUUUUGUAAUAAAAGAAGUUAUGCUGGUAUGAUGUGGUAACUUGAAAUCCUGUUUUGUAGAGACCUCUCUGUUUUGUAUAUAAUAGUAUGAGAUCCUUGGUUUGUAUAUGUAUGAAAAAAAUAACCUUAUUGCAUUUCCUUUUUGAGUUUGAUACAGGAGAUUUUUGUUUGUUUUGGACUAUGAAUAUCUUUACCUUAUUUGUUUAAUAGGUCAAAAUAAACUGUUCUGAUAAAA